AUGAGCGAUGCCCGACCCAGUAGCAGGAUUACGAAUGCACCGGCGAAGGAUGUAAGUAUAAGGUCCGAAAAGCUAGAAUAAUCAACUCCAAUUUCAGUACAUUGUUUUGCGCAGGGCAAAGGAAGAGAUUUUCCGCAUCAUGCUGCGCCGAAUCCCAUGUCUGACCAUUCUGUUCAUCAAUGCAAGUUUGAUCAUCAUGUGUAAUAUAACAAUAAUAAUAUUGAAAUUUUUGGGAAAAAAAUUUGCGUAUAUACUCCAUAUAGGGCGUAUAUCAAUCGCUGAAAAUUUGGGCUCUCCAUUUGUAGUGACCGCCGAGAAAUAAGGCAAUCUUUUUCCGAGAGAGCACACAAAAUGAGGAGACGGUCAGAGAAAAGUUUCUUUUUUUCGCAAUAUCUCUUUGAAUUUCGGACGGAAAAAAUGGAUUUUUUGUGGAAAUCUUGUGCUCCUCAUUUCGGACAGACUCUGACUUUUUCAAGUCGAAAAAAAUUUUUUUUGGAAAAAACUUUUUUUUAUCUUUUAUUCAUGUACAAUAUAAAAAGAUCUCCUUCAGUUCACGAUCCUGACCUUUAUGCUGAUGGCGAUUCUGUGCAUCACCAUCCUGGGAAUGCACUACCGACUGCGGAUCGCCUUAUUCAAUGUGGAGGAGGACAUCAUUAAAAGCAAAGAUACGUUCCAGACCUUCGAUCAUUGCCACUAUAAUCAGACCCCCUGGAGUUAUAGUCGAAAUGUCUCCGCGUCCUUUCAUAUGGUAAGGAAAAGAGUUUUCCAUGGUAUUUUGAAAUAUUUUGGUGGAAGAGUAAAUGGAAGGUUUCAAACAAAAAUCGCCAAAAAAGUAUUAUAGUAAGGGGGGACCAAGGGGAAAACGAAAAAAUCAAGACUCUCGGAUCUCCCUCAAACUUUGCACACUUACUCUGUAUAAUGCACGUGUUGACUACAGAAAAUUUCAAUUCUCAAUUUCCAGCAGCGCCGGAGAUAUUGUGAAUUCUUUUUCCGAGACAGCAUACAAAAUGAGGAGACGGCCAGACGAAAAACAGGUUUCUCGCCCAUAUCUUUGCGGAUUUACCUUCAAAAAAUUUAUUUUUCCUAGAAAAGGGGUAUCCCGCGCGAUCUCAUGUCCUUGGAAAUUUUCUAGACGAAAUUCGAAAAAAUGUUUUUCUUCGAAUUUUUGAUCAAAGACUCAAGCAUUUCUGCAAAACGCGAGCUGGAAAUGUGACUCUUCCCUAGAAGAGCCUAGGCUAACUUUGCGCCAGAUUUGAUUAAAACGUUAUGUUAUGUUUACUGUUUUCAGGAUUAUUGCACGCGAGGCUGUGGACCCAUGGCCUACGCCUAUCGAGUUCACGAGGUAAACACCAGUAGUCUGUUUGUGGCAGGACCGCAUUCUCCUAUUGCUGCGACUGUGUGCCACCCAAAACACGAGAUGGUAGGUUCGGUUUCAAAGAUUCUAUUUUUUCGAAAUUAAAAGCUCGAAUUUUUAUGGCCGAAAAAAUGCAAUGCAGUUUCAGAAGUAGAGUGAAACUUUCCUACAGAAAAAUCGAGUUUUUCCCAACGAAACCCACAAAGAAUUCACCAAAAAACGUUUUUUCUGUGACCACUCUCCUCACUCUGCGCACUCUCGCAAAAGAGAUCAGCCAAUAUCUCAGCGGCAGGUGGAAAACACGAACUAAAAUUUUCAGGGAUUGAUGUGUGGCCUAUACAAAAUAUCUGUGCAAGAUUUGAUGCAAAUCUGAGGGUACCACUUUGAGCGCAUCUCGUGUUGCGAGAAAUGGGUAGAGAAAUAAAGAUUUUCUUAAAAUCUUGCACAGGUACCCUGAAUAGGUCGCAAAUCAAUCCUUGAAAAUUUUAGUUCGUGUUUUUCACCUGCCGCUGAGGUAUCGGCUGAUCUUUUUUGCGAGAGAGCAUGCAAAAUGAGGAGGGUGGUCAGAGAAAAAAGCGUUUUUUGACUAAAUCUUUGCGGAUUCCGCUCGGAAAAAAUUGAUUUUUUGUGGAAAGUCGAUACUGAUUGUAAUAACAAUCCUAUCAAUUUUUCUCCCCAACAAUCCAAAAAAAAUUAUUUUAGGUGAACUGUUCCUCGCUAGACACUCCAAACGUUGUCCAGGGAUGUUUGCACCGAAACAUCACGGAAUGCCCCGGAUUUAAUGGAAGCCACUUUGGCAGCGAGCAAUCCAGCGGUGAUUACUCCCGCCAUUUGGCAAAACUGGUCUCAAAUGAAGACUUGGAGACUCUUUAUAAGGGCAAACUAAUGCAUGUCAACAAUUUGAUCCUCCGAUGCCCAGUUUGCGUCGCCAGGACGGCAUGGUUUCGGUGAGUUAGACAAAUCGUGAAGCCAUGUUUUCUUUUGGGGCAAAUAUUAAUACCGAAUAACGCUUGCCAAGGCACAUUGGAAAUUUUUAGCUUGUCCUUUAUAAUCGGAAGGAUAACAUAAGUGGAACCCUCGGAUUUUGCGGAAACUCGGAGCAAAUUUCGAACAACACUUUCCAAGACACAUUGGACAUUUUUUGCUUGCGCUUUGCACAAAUCGCGGAGAUUUUUAGGUGGGAAACUGGCCAAAAUCGAAAAUUUGUUUGCAAUUUUAGGCAAGAAAUGUUGAGCGUCUGUUAAAGACGAGGAGUAUAAUAUUUCUACAACGAAUCAUGUUUUCCGAGCGAAUGGCCGAGAUUUCUUUCAUCUGGUCGGCUCCUCAAUUUGUAUACGCUCUCGGGAAACAUUGAUUCUUUGUAGAAAUAUUAUACUCGUCGAAUGUAACAGACACUCAACAUUUCUUGCCCAAAACUGCAAAAAUUUUUUCGAUUUUCGCCAAUUUCCCACCUAAAAAUCUUCACGAUUUGUGCAAAGUGCAAGCUAAAAAUUUCCAAUUUGUCUUGGCAAGUGUUUUUCGAAAUCUGCACCAAGUUUCAACAAGAUCGGAGAGUUCCACGUAUGUUAUCCUUCCCGAUUAUAAAGGACAAGCUAAAAAUGUCUAAUGUGGAUAAAUUUUCGUGUUUUAGAUUUAAAGAUAUCAACGACGCCUGUUUUAAACCUCUAAUCACUUUGACCCUCGGCUCCACUUAUCGUUACGCCCUUUGCAGCGAAUUCCUCGUAAGUAUCUAUUUUUUCCAAUUUUUUUGACUAAAAAUUUUAUUUUAGGUUUCAAAGACGGUACAGUGCACAACCACCUUGGAAAUUACACCACCAUACCGUUACACCGAAGCCGCAUCGAAAGGAUUGUCAUGA